CAGUGGGCAUGUUCGAGGCCUCCACCGGGAUUUUCGAAUACAACCAACAUUCAACAAACAUAACAUUUUUGUAACAUUGCGGGAGCUCAAACGGCUGAAAGACGUUUGUAUUUCUAUAUUAUGAGGUACACUCAUGUUUUAUGUCAUGAGUGCAAAAAAAAGACGUCACGGAUCCCUGAAGAACGACGACAAUAUUUUGGCAUCACCCUUAUUGGCGAACUUCAGCAAUAGUUUUGUCGAGAACAUUAUGUCAAAUGAUGAAAAUAGUGGCGAUGAAGAACCAUUAACUUUAGUUCAAUCUUUACGAUUGAGAAUGGACGAAAUGGAACGCGAAUCAGCUGAAAGACAGAAAACAAUCGAAGAUCUACCUUGCAUGAAAAGACGUAAAUUAAGUAAGAAAAAAAGGCAAAUCAAUAAGAUUUUGCAAGAAGCCGCCACAACUGACGAUGAAAACGUUCAAUCGUAUAAAAGAAAGAAAAAAGAACCCAUAUUCAUGGUGAUCACUGGAGUGUCUAAGAGCACACGAGAAACCAUCUUGGCUGUUGUUGAUCAAUUGGGUGAAUGUAAAAUUCAGACAGAAGUUGAUUCGGAUACAACGCAUGUUGUUUCAUCAGGAAAACAUAGAACAAUGAAUAUUAUGAGGACAAUAUUGUCAGGAUGCUGGCUGCUGUCUAUUGAUUGGGCUUUGAAAUCAUCAGAAAAAGGGUUUUGGUUAGAUGAAGAAGCAUUUGAGUUAGAUGCAUUUCCAGCAGCCAAGGUAUGUGUGCAGGAAAAGCCAUUCGAUAGUUCAUAUCAAUGUAAACUAUUGGAGAAAAAAGGUCCAAUAUUUGUAGCACCUUGCACAAGUCCUCCUUCAAAGGAUAUUUUGGCACUAAUUAGGCUUUCUGGUGGAACUGUAAUUGGAACUGCGAGAAGAGCAAAAAUAUGUAUCGGUCAUGUGUCAGCGAAAACUGAUGGCAUUCACGUUUCAGAGAAAUGGCUUUUAGAUUCCAUUAGUGAAUUAAAGGUUUUACCGUUUGACAACUACCAAGUUGAAGCUCUUAAAUGAAUAAAGUAUUGUUGUAAAUACUCUGUUUUUAGUUAAUUUAUUUGUAAUUAUUUAGGUAAUAUGCCAUUUAGAAAAUUAUCAUUGUAGAUUUAAUUUAUCACUUGGUGACUGUAGAAAAUGGAUGAUUUUAUUUUAUACAGCGAGGAAACUUUUUCCAUAAGGAAAUGUGGUAAAUUAUGUACUAAAUAUUUUCGCGAAUGACAUAUUCAUAAUGCA